AUGCACCCAGAGGGUGGAGAGGAGGAGGAGACAUGGAGUGAUUUCCUCUUCUGGGCAGAGUCCCAUGGUGCGCUUGGCUUGGAACAAGUGAAAAUCGCCCAUGUGGCGAAAGAGCAUGGGCCAGUGCGCGGACUUGUUGCUGCAAGCGAGGUCACUUCCCCCAUCAUCUUGCCUCGAGCUCUGCUGCUCAUGGCCAACUCUGAGACAGAGCUGGCUGUCGAGCUGGCUUUGGAGAAGCACAGGAUGCUCAGUGGACUGGACAGUUUCUGGUCUCCCUGGAUACGCCUUCUGCCACAAAAGGCAGACCUGCAGCAGUACCACAUUGCUUAUGCUUCUCAAGAGGUGCUGGAUGCUUUUGCAGAGCUGCCGGUGGUCGCUCGCACCCGAGCCUGGCAUCGAAGCCUGGCACAGCGAUGGGACGCCGAGGCCCAGAGCUGGCAGCAGCAGCGCGCCGCGGAGAUGGGCCUUGGGGAGCUGACCUACGACGACUUUCUUUGGGCUUCCACGGUGGUGAAGACGAGGGUGUACUUGCCUCCACCAAUGUAUUGCUUCAUGCCACUGGCGGACAUGAUGAACACAGAGCCCAAUCCAAACAUGGACGUGUACGACAGCUUGGAAACAGACGCUUCCAACGGCACGGAGUACUAUGGGAUCCUCGUGCGAGAUGACUGCCACGUUUGCGCUGGGCAAGAACUGACACAGGCCUACCGCCCGGUCGACAACUCCGAGCGAUUGUUCAGGGGCGGCUUCAUUCUGGAGAACAACCCUGUGCCGGUCACGCGGCUCCCAGCUGAGAGCUGCAAAGCGAUGAUGGCAGCCGGGGUCUCUUCAGCCUCGCCCCUUGUGACCUCGCUGCGGCGGCUGGCGGCUGAGCACGCUGUGGCCCCGCAGGCCGACUCCAGACUGGCUGAGACCGGAGAAGGUGCCGAGACGUGA